AUGUCUUCGAGACAGAAGCCCAAAUUCGAGGUCAGAGGCUACUCGGAGCACAAAUCUCCCAAGCCGGCCUCCCCUUCAGCCAGCACGAUUCUCGUCUCCCCAAGCAAUGAGAUUCUCCUUCUCCACCGUGUUCAGACUUCUAGUGCGUUCCCCUCUGCACAUGUCUUCCCUGGUGGCAAUCUAGAACCCAGCGAUGGAGAAUUACCGACCGACCCCAAAGAUGUGAAUCAGCAUCUGGACAGCAUUGCAUACCGAACAGGCGCAAUCAGGGAGUUGUUCGAGGAGACGGGGAUAUUGUUGGCUCGCGGAUCCAAAACCGCGGAAUCGCUACUACCUGUCAGUACGGCGGUGCGAAAAGAUGGUCGUGAAGCCGUUCACAAGGGCAAGAUCUCGUUCAAAUCCUGGCUAUCCACCAUUUCCCCCAACGCAGUCCUGGACACAGACCGCCUUAUUCCAUUCACCCACUGGGUCACCCCACCCAAUGUACCGAAACGGUUCACCACGCAGAUGUACAUCUAUUUCGUCGACCCGUCAGAGAAGGGCAACCCGAGUGUCCACGCGACAGCGGACCAAAUUGAGACCAUGGCUCCCGAGUGGAGGACUGCGAGGGAUUGGUUGAGUAUGGCGAGGAGCGGAGACAUAAUCCUGUUCCCACCGCAAUUCUUACUCCUCUAUCUGGUCUCAGAGACACUUGAUGGACCCGGGGAGAGCCAGAAUGAUAUUUUGAGGAAGAGAGAGACAUUGAAGAGACGGAUUGAAACGGAAGGGAAACCCGUGCCAUGGAAGGAGAAAUUUAUCUCUCCGAUUGGCAUGAGUUUAGGAGAGGAUGGCCGAAGCGUGCUUGCGCUGGAUAAGCCAGGUCCCGAGUUGAAGGAGUCGGGCUUGAAGGGGGAUGAGGAAUAUGUUGUGCUGGUGAAGUUCAAUAAGGAGGGACCAAGGAACGUGGAGAUCGGGUUGAGGAAGGAGGUCCUGAGAGAACGGAGGGAAAAGGGAAUAGAAAAGGGGAGUAAGAUAUAG